AUGGUCCAACAAUCAUCUACUGCUAUUCCUACUACUACUUCUGUUACUACUCUUACUACUUCUACUGCUACAACAAUCAUUAAUCAAUUGAAAUAUCCAUUAAAUGGAUAUGAUUUACCACUAAAUUCUGACAAAUUACGAAGUAUUAAUGUUAUUAAUAGUGAUUUAUACCCUAAUAAUGAUAAUAAUAAUCGCAAUGAUAAUAUCAACGAUUUAUAUCGUAAUCAAUCUUAUGACCCUAAUGAUUAUCACUAUAUACCAUUGAAGAAGUAUUUUUCUGUUGAUCAUCGAUUCAAUCGAUUGCUUUUUGAAAAGCCACAACGAAGAUUUACAAUAAAAUAUCGUAAUCAUAAGAAACAAAAUUUGAUAAAUCAAUCAUUUAAAUAUUGUAAGUGUAUUUCAACGAAAAAACAGCUAACUUCACCUCACAAACUUUAUUCAUCUAAUUUGUCAUCUGAAAAUUUGGAAGGAAAUUGUUCAUUUGAAUAUGCCUUGCAUCAUGAAACUAUGGCAUCAUGUAUCUGGGAUUCGAUGAUAAAACAGAAGGACGAAUCAUGUCGUUCCACACGACAAUGUUUCAAUGAUAUAUGCGGUUGUUUCAACAGUUUAAAUGAAGACAGUAAUAGUGAUAGUGAUAGCGAUAACAAUGACGAUGAGUAUGAAGGUGAUGGCGAUGAUAAUGAUGAGGAUUAUUCAAUUUUAUCGGUGGAUCAACAUUGUAAUAAGUCGAAGAUAUCAUGGUAUAGCGAAAACCAAAAUUGGUCUUAUGUUAAUGGUGAUGAUGAUGAUGAUGAUGAUGAUGAUGAUUAUAGUAAUCAUCAAUGGAUCACUUCUCGUUAUGAAGAAUCGCAAAUUGAUCGUGCCAAAUUUAUGGCAUCUGCAGCAGAAAAGCUUUUAACAGCAGAUCGAAAUAUGAAGGAAGCACAACGUUUAAAUAUUUUACAUUCAAGAAUAGGACGAACGCGUAGUUUGUUGAAUUUAUUUUUUCCACGUAAAUUACUCUCAAUGGAAAUUAGCACUCCGAUAUUGAUCAGUAGUACAAAAUCGACAGAUUAUCUACGAUGUUUACCGAAAGUGCAAGCAAUUGAUAAUGAUUUGAAUGAUAAAAAUAUAACAGCUCAGUGUAAUGGAAAUGGUGGAACUAUGCAGACCAGAGAUACUAUCAAGGAGAUUUUGAAACAUUCGGGACCAUAUCCACAAAUUGUCUUACCUGCUGGUGGCGGUUAUUGGAUGGAUGGUGUAAGCAAUUGUACCAUUAAUAUCGAUGAUGAAGUUGUUGGAUGUUGUCCGGCUACAAGUAGUUGUGCUCGAUCAAAAUUAGAAACUGAUGACACGUCACAUUGCUACAGGCGACAUUUUGUCGGCAGGGAGCAUCAUGAUUUUUAUGCAACUGACAACAAAUUAGGGCCAUUGGUGUUGUCGGCACGAACGGAACUAAUCUCAUCCCAGGAACAUUUUAGGAUUAUUUUACGGACCAGACAUGGAACCGUACAUGAAAUUGUCCCUGCUUCUGCUCUAGCAGAUCGACCAACUGCAAGUCGAAUGGCACGAUUAUUGUGUGAUGAAGUAACAACAGAUCGAUUUAGUCCAGUAGCUUUCCCGGGUGGUACGGAAAUGAUUUUAAAAUAUGAUGAGCAUGUUUUAACAAACACUUACAAAUUUGGCGUUAUCUAUCAACGAUUUGGCCAGACUACCGAAGAAGAGCUUUUCGGAAAUGCCGUAUAUUCAAAUGCUUUCGAUGAAUUUUUAAAUAUCAUUGGUGAACGAAUAGAACUCAGGGAUUUCAAGGGUUAUCGUGGUGGAUUGGAUACACAACAUGGUCAAACAGGUAUCGAAUCAGUUUAUUGUCAAUUUCGACAACGUGAAAUUAUGUUCCAUAUAUCUACCAUGUUACCUUAUACAGCUGGUGACACUCAGCAAUUACAACGAAAACGACAUAUUGGAAAUGAUAUUGUUGCUAUUGUUUUUCAGGAAGAAAAUACACCAUUUUCCGCUGAUAUGAUAGCGAGUAAUUUUUUACAUGCUUUUAUUGUUGUUCAACCAAUUGAUUCAUGUACUGAAAAAGCUCGCUAUCGUGUAUCUGUAACAGCACGUGAUGAUGUCCCAUUUUUUGGACCUACUCUCCCAGCACCAUCCAUUUUUCGGAAAGGUCAAGAAUUUCGCAAUUUUUUGCUUACCAAAUUAAUCAAUGCGGAAAAUGCUGCUUAUAAAUCAACGAAAUUUGCCAAACUUGCUGAACGAACACGCUCAUCAUUAUUAGAAGCACUUUAUGGUAAUUUAAAAGAACGAGCACAAUUUUAUGGUUUACCAUUACUGGAAACAACGGAUAAUAUUUCACAUUCAAUAGGAAUUUUUCAUUCCGUUAAAAAAGCAUUAACCGGAAGGUCACGAUCAGUAUCUCAAGAUGUGACAGCAUCAUUAUCCAUGCAGAAUCCAACAACAGCUUCCUUAAAUAGUCCAAAGAAUGCUAACCGGAAAUCAUACACUGGUGAAUCAAUUUCCAGAAGCUCGACAUCAACUAGUGGAGCCGGAAGUAGCAUUCAGCAACGGAAUUCUUCUGGUGAAUUUAAAAAAUCGUUGCAAGAGCAUCAUCAUGAAACAGAUGAAGCAUAUGGUAGUCGUGGUGACAAUUCAUCUGGAUUAUUCUUAUCGAUUCCAUCUCAAAAUGCUUUUUUGAAAAUUGGCGAUUUAUGCAAGCAUAAUCAUGGAGAAUGGGACUUGUCAAGUGGUGAAAAUGAAAGUACUGAAAUGGGACAUGAUUCGGAUACUGGACUGGAAUCAUUAUCAUCCACUGAAGUUGUACAUUCAAAUCGUAUACCGUGUAAUUGUUGUAUUGAUCGUCAAGCACCUUUACGAGAGGAAGAAGUAAAACGUCUUAAUGAACUUCUUAAUGAUGUCGAAAAAUUACGAACAGAACGAAUGGAUUUAUUACGUCAAAAUGUUACUUGCAAAACAGAUAUUAAAAAAUUAAAAGAACGACAAUCAAUAUUAGCUGGUGAUUUGGAUAAAGCAAAUGAAGAAAUUGCAAGAUUACGUAAGAUGUUACGUCGAUCAUUGCCAAAUUAAGGUUAUAGUGAAAUUUAUCAGCAGAAUCAUACAGAUCAUACAUUUACUACUACCUUAAACAGAUUAUCAAUGUACCUCGCAUGUUUUUAUGGAUUCAGGAUUACAAGUAUAAACAUUUAUUGUUAAUUCAUUUUUAAUUUUUCAAGUUUUAACAUGUUUUGGAAGAUGUAAUGUUUGAUAUCUACGAAAUGAUACGCAAUGUUGUUGAUAAUUUCAUUGUACAGUUCUUAGAAAGUUGUUGUGAUAAUCA